AUGGGUUGCAUACACCGUGUCCAUUCAACCCUUAUAAAAAAACGAGGGAUUCGUUUCACAAAGAGGCAGAAGAAGCAUAUUACUGCGAAAGAUUAUGAAACCUACGGCACUCACAUUUGCGAGGAAAUUCGAAAUGUAAACAUGACCAGUGCUGCCAAUAGUCAGCGGACAUUCCGCAUGCGUCAGAAGGAUUUAAUCUAUAUUUCUGACAUUCCAUGGUAUAUAAAUGAACACAGCAAAUUCGUACACUUCUUGAACACCGGCAGUUCGAACUGCAAAUUCAAUGGAUACGUGCACUUGAAUGAAACUGAAAUUAAUCGUGUGUUACGAGGCCACACAUCAUCGUCCCGCUUCCCUUAACAUCGCCAACGGAUGCUGUGAUGGUAUCACGGACUGC